UCCCAGCCUCGCGGAGCCCAGCUAAGCGCCGCUCAGGGAGGCGGCAGGCGCCUCAGGCCCACGCCUCUCUGUGGGUGAGCGGCCUCCCCCCUCCGCCUGAGGCUGCGCCCGAAGAAGCCCCCUCCCAGCCACUCUCCUGCCCCCGCCUCCCCGGGGGGCAGCUCUCGCCCCUCCCUCUGACCUGCUGCCUCUGCAAGUAUCGUGGCAGUGCUGUAGCAGGGGCUGCACACGCCCGGCGGAGUGGGCGGGGUGCCAGCGGGUGAGGGGCGGUGGUGGAUCCGUGUUGGGAGUAUAGUGGUGCAAGCAGAUCCACAGAUACUACAGGAGGUCUUCCUUGAGUGAGCUCUGCCCCCUGCGAAAAGCCCACCACUUCUGCUUCCUCAACUGCAGUGGAUGGCCAGAGCUAUUUUUGAAGACUUAAGUGGUGUCUUGGGUUGGCCAUCUGCACAGGGUGAAUGUGAUAUACCAGGGUGCUACCCAGACUUGUUGGGCAGCUUUUUCAUCCCUGCCCUGUAACCUGGGGUUCCUUGCAAUGCCUCCUCCAACCAGGACAGCUCAGAAACAGCCACCAGCAGGAAGGUCACUCCCAGAUGUGUUUGCUCAAAUAAACUGUUUGCAGGGUAUCUGCAAGAAGAAUCUGUGGACCUGGAUACUUGGAGAAAGGAGAAUUUAAACAUUCUUGAGCUCUGACCCUAAUUCCACCACCUAUGAUUUAUAUUAAUAUAUUCUAACAUUUUGAUAAAAGAGAGCAUAGAACUUCACUGGAAGAUGAGACCAGAUCUUCUGAAAAUGAAAGAAGUUGCCCUUAUUUACCUUGAUAGGAGUGGUGGCCUUCAGAAAUUUGUGGAUGAUUGCAAACGAUAUAAUGACUCAAAGCAAAGUUAUGCUGUCUAUCGAUUCAUUAUUUCGGUAAAUCCUUCUGAUAUUGCUGAGUUGGAUGCAGCUCUUGGAAAUCAGAUUCUGCACAAACCCAUGAAAGCUGCACAGAUUUUUCAGUCGGUCUGUUUCAUAGCUAUUAAAACACUGUCAUUAAUUGAACAAUUACAGACAGAGGCCCAAAUUAAUAUAGUGUUGAAACCAACACACUUGCCUCCUCUGCCAAGUUAUGUUCUCAGCCUUUGUGAGUUUCCACUUGAUUACAUGUCUCAGAGAUUUUAUAUGUCGGAAGGAAUAGUGAUUGCAAUGGGAACUGUAACGAAAUACACACAAGGAGCAAGAUUCCUUUGUUCUGAGGAAACCUGUCCAUUUUCUGAAGGGUUUAAUUAUAUAAGAGUGCAUAUACCUGGAGCUACAGAGUCUGCAACAGUGAGGAAUGAUUUUGUAUGCAGUUUAUGUGCUUCACCACUGCGAGAAGACAUGAAAUUUAGAGUACUUGGUGAUAAACAGCUAGUUGAAAUGAUAGAUGCAAAAGCUCUGAGUGCUUUCCAAGGAUAUUCCAACAAUAAACCACAUUUCAGGAUUCAGUCUUUUACAGUUUUCCUAAGAGAUGAAUUGUUGAACAAAAUGAAAAUAGGAAACAGGUAUAGGUUUAUAGGAAUUCCGGCCUGCGUACAAAACUGCUCACAAGUUACAGUGUGUAUAGAAGUCAACAGUAUACAGCUCUGUAGUCCAGAAGGUACUUCUUGUAUCAGUGAGAAUUUUAAGUAUCUGCUCUCCUUGACUUCAAGUUCAUGUUGGAGGUUUACAGCCAUACUUGCCAACAUCUUUGCUUCUCAAGUUGUCCCACCAGGCACUUACAAUACUCUUAAACUAUCCAUACUGUUGAGUCUAGUCCAGACGUGUGACAGAGACAGUGAGACAGGAGAUUACCUGGAUCUUUUGAUUGUGACCAGUGACACUCUAAUAGCAGAUAGGCUCUUGAAUUACAGUGUUUGUCUUGUAGCCCGUGGCAUACGGCACCCAGCAUCUAAUGACGUUUUUCCUACUGUGUCCAAAGAUAAGCAUGGAACUGGAACUGCUAGCAUUCAGGCUUGCAGUGCUCUGCUGGCCAAAGGUGGUAUCUGCUUCAUAGGAGAUUUGUUGUCACAUAAAAAGGAUAAACUUGAACUUCUGCAGUCAGUGCUGGAGAGCAGAACCACUACAGUAUUUAUUCCUGGAAAGAAGUAUGGAGAAGAUGUUGACCAGCAAGUUAUUCUUCCAAUUCAGACCAGUUUCUGGACUUUUGUAGAUGAGGAUUCGUCUUCCAAAAAAUAUGUACAAAAGGAUAACACUCUAAUUGGCAAGCUGGACUUGAGAUCAGUAUCAGCUAACCUUAUGGAUGCUUUUGGGCUGUUGAUACACUGCAAUGAAUUAUCUUGCCAACUAACUCUUCCUCUUUUGGAUCACAUCGUGAAAAAAGCCAUUGAUCCCGAAGAAGUACCUUAUAUGAUCUCCCAGCAGUUCAGAACACAAGAUUAUGAAGAGCUUAUCGUAUUUGCUAAGAAUUUGCAAGUAGAACUCAGUUCAGAAGCAGAAAGACUCAUUCAUGGCUACUACCUAGCAAGUCGCAGAAUCAGAACAGAUUCUGUUCAUGGAUCAAAACUAUCAACGUCUGCACUGAAAAUCCUGGUUUCAUUGUCUGAAGCACACACUAAGCUGAGUUUAAGGAGGAAAGUACUUGAGGAAGAUGUGUUGAUUGCUGUCUUGUUAUUUGAAUCAUCUGUCACUUUAAAACACGGUGCCUCUGUAUUUUGUGUAGCUCCAAAUGCAGUGUUUCCAUUUGACCUCAUUGAUGAAAACUCUCUACAGCAAAGAGAUGUUUAUCUGAUGCAGUGCCAUCAGCAACUGUUACAGUUUAUUGCCACAUAUGGCCCUGGAACACAUGUUACUACUAGUGAAGAAUAAAGAACCCAUUCUGAAAGCAGAGCUUGUUCCUGCUUCAAAGUUUUGAUUUUUUUGGAAAAUGUAAACAAAGUUAAAGUUUUAGAGUGAUGCUACUGCAAAAUGUAUAUGAAAAUUGAUGUUUUAUGAAAUUGCUACUCCUAUGGAUAAAAGUUUGUAACCAACUCAAAAUUAAACAAUAUUACACGUUAAGUUUCUCAGACUGAACAUACCACUAGACUGGUGGCUUCUCAAAGCUGUGACGUCUAAAGAUAAGAUGACCCAGAGAAGAAAAGCAAAGCACCAUACUCGUGCUGCUUGCUGCUGGAAAUAUUAAGUAGGUGACAAUGCUCAUGACCCCACAAAUAUUAAAAUGUACCAAGUGAAUGGUAGUGAGAAACUUAUAUUAGGAAUAAGAGGAAAACAAAAGUUUAAAUAAAAAUGGUUUAAAAAAAAAAAAAAAAAAGAACCGCUGCUGUCAAAUGGCUUAUAAUCUAAAAAGUAGUUUGUAGAACAGUUUAUUCAGAGUCCAGUGAUUAAACUUUGUCUGCAUUCUGUGGGCUGUUUUGCUGCUGUUCUUUCAACUACACAUGUCAAAAGUGCUUCGUAAAAACUGUGUGUAUGUACAUACUAAAUGUUUUUAAACAACUAUCUUUUUAUUCAGACACGUUUAGAGGUAUGAUAGCUAUUUUAUUAUUUGUAUUCCAGUAGCACUUAGAGGCCUUGAAGUGAAAUGAGGGCCCCAUUGUUUGUUUAGCACCUAAUAGGAGACAGUCCCGGCACUGAAGAGCUCAUACGCUAGUCUAAACAGAAGAGACAAAGGAUAGGAGGGGAAACGGAGGUGCGAAGUAACUUGCCUACUAGUCAUGACCUGUAUGACAGAACCCAGGUCUCCUGACUCCCUGUCCAGUACCCUCAGCCACUAGACAGUGCUGCCUCUAGUAAUUAGAAUGACAAGUUAUUAGUCUUAGUGAAAAGUCAUCAAGACGAAAACUGAAACUCACUUCCACAUUUGACCACAAGAAGCUAAUUAAAUUUAUGCUUUUUCAGGUCAGGUCAUACCUGUAUGUAAUGUACAUGCCUCUCGCAGAUUCUUUGGUGCAGAAAGACAGAACACCCUCAUCUUUUCCCCGGGUUCACAGGGCUUCCUCUCACAAUAUGCCUGAGAAGUAGAUGUAGUGAAGGGAAUCAGUUUCAAACUCAGAAGGAAUGAGAACUGAAUUGUAUAGAUAUAAUGAAAACAAAAAAAAAAUGCACUGGAAAAGAAGUGAAAUGUAGGUAUGAGGAUAUUGUGUGAAACCGACUUUUUGCAGAGAUUGAUGUUCAUUGCUGAAGCCCAACUUGCCAGAAACAUUGCAAGAUUGAAGAAAAUGAUAUAAAGAUGGACACAAUGUUGAGGAAACUGGAAACAGAUGUAAUGUUGAGGAACUGGCUCAGAUUAGUGAGCUUUUCAUUUGAUGUAAAAAAGGCUAUUCAUAUAGAAGUGUGGAGUUGUUGCCAGCAUGUUAAUGUAAAUGCAAGGUUAGACUUUUUAUUUAAACAAAAACAAAAACAAAUUGGGUCUUUUUAGAACUGCAUAGCAGGCUAUUCUCACUAUGAGGGGAGGUAGCUAUAACUGAGUAAACAUUGUGCCUUUGAAGAGAAAAUGUCUUGUGAUUGGAAGAUUUUCUUGGUAAUAGAUUAGUAAUAGUACCUUGAAUUUGCUUUUGAAUUUUCCCCUUUGCCUUUAUAAAUGAUUAAGUCAGCGUCAACAAUCCUGAAACUACCAAAUUGUGUUACUGCAGACAGGGGACUGCAUUACAAAAUCACCAUCAUAUCUUACAUGCUUGUUGUCAGGCAAAGCAAAGGACAAGAUCUCAAUGGGUGUGAACACAAUUACCCUCUUCACCCCUAGUGGUGGUCCCGUCAACUCAGGCUGGGAUUAGGAAAGCUCAUAUUGCUACUGCCCACAUUAUGCCUGGCCACUGGAUAAAAAACUUCCAGCACUAGAGCUGUCAAUCUAGCAUUUUUUAUGAGCUAAACAUUUACUUUUGAAAGACUGAUUUAAUACGCUUGGGACAGUAGAUUAAAUGUAAUUGCUUUUAAAUCAGAAAUCGACAGGGUUACCAUGUAUUUUAGAGUUGAGAUGAAAGCUGAUACUAAGAAUUCUCUCAAAGAAAAGUACUCAGCAAUGUUGUUUAAUUACAAUAAAAAACCUACCCUAGAGAAGGUUCUGAUCAGUUUUCAUUAUAUCAAUUCAGACCGAUAUUCGCUUUAGGAUACAGUUAAAAUAUCGAAACAAAGAUGACAGAAAAAUUAACUCCUUGAAACAUUCAAAAUACCGUGAAAACUGUAGGACUUCUUGGUAGUUGCAAGUUAAAUAUGUUCUCUAAUGUGCAGUUAAGACCAGAGCUGAUUUAAAUCCUUGUUCUGAAAAGAAAAGGCAUAAGCAAUAGACUUAAACUGGAUUCAUGGUUUAUGUAAUCUAGCUAACUCAAAAUUAAGAUGGCACAUCAGACUCAAAUGUUCUCAUCAAAAAGAAUCAGAUGGGUAAACGGCAAAAGAUAAUCAUCAUUAG